UGUUUUUUGAAUCCUGUGACAUUUGACUCGAUUGUUUCCAAGCUGCAAGCGUUUGACAGCAAAUGCCACAGAGAGAGAGACAACUGGCCGCAGCACGCUUGCCUUAAGUCAUUUGUUUUCUCCAUCCAAGUAGAAGAUGCUGUCCUACAUCAUUGGGGUUAUUCGCAGCGGCUUUGAUGGCCUGGUCAACCUGCUCUUCAGGCUUCUGUUCCGUCGGAGGAGGCCCGCCAUUACCCUGGAGGACCCCAGCGUUAAGUAUGCGCUGCGGCUUAUUGAUAAGCAGAUCGUGAGUCACGACACACGGAAGUUCCGUUUCGCUCUGCCGUCCGGCGAACACAUCCUGGGUCUCCCUGUGGGACAGCACAUCUAUUUGUCGGCCAAAAUCGACGGCAAGCUGGUGGUUCGCCCGUACACGCCCACGUCCAGCGAUGACGACAAAGGUUACGUGGACCUGGUCAUCAAGGUUUACUUCAAAAACGUUCAUCCCAAAUUCCCAGAAGGUGGCAAGAUGAGUCAGUACCUGGAGAGUCUGCGCAUCGACGACACCAUCGACUUCAGAGGACCCAGCGGGCUUCUCGUCUACAAGGGCAAAGGUGUUUUUGCCAUUCAGGAUGACAAAAAGGCUCCCGCCGUGACCAAGACAGCCAAACAUGUGGGCAUGAUUGCGGGCGGGACGGGAAUCACGCCCAUGCUGCAGCUCAUCACGGCCAUCAUGAAGGACCCGCAGGACCGGACGGUGUGCCACCUGCUCUUCGCCAAUCAGACGGAGAAGGAUAUCCUGCUGAGGCCCGAGUUGGAGGAGGUUCAAGUCAACAACCCCGAGCGCUUCAAGCUGUGGUUCACCGUGGACAGAGCGCCAGCCAACUGGGAGUUCAGCGAGGGCUUCAUCAGCGAGGCCAUGAUGCGGGACCACCUUCCCCCGCCCUCGGCAGACACCCUGGUGCUAAUGUGCGGCCCGCCGCCCAUGAUCCAGUUUGCCUGCAACCCCAAUUUGGACAAGGUGGGCCAUGCCGCUGAGCACAGGUUCACCUUCUAGACGCUCAGGUGUGACCCGGCCAUCUUGUCCGUGCUACAUGUUGUUGUAUUUAUAUCACGUCACGCAGCUUGAGCGCUCACCCCAAUAAUGGUGCCUUAGGUAUUUUUGGUAUUAUGCAGACUGAUGAUGUGUGAUGCUGCUUGUCAUGUCAUCUUCCACUUUUCUGCCACUUGGAGGUUCUCUUCAUAAUCAAUACUUCAACCAACGUGUUGAUUGAUCAGGCACUUUAACGGAGGCCCCGAAAAGAUAAGACAUGAUGACAAGUUUUGUCCAUUUGUUUAUUGCAAAAAAAAAAAGUGGAAAUGUAUGCAGAUCAUGUUUGAUAAAAAAAACGUCUUGUCACAGAAGAA